AUGGAGUGGUUCAGAAAUUGGAACCAAUCACUUAUUGAGAGUCCAAAGCCAGAAAUAGGAAGAUGCAAUGAAGUUAGUUCAGAAGAUCACAAUUUCAAACAACAGACAAUUAUCCCAAGAGAUUGUCGGUUCACAUAUGAAGAUAUAAAGACUAUCACAAACAACUUCAAAAGAGUAAUUGUGACAUAUUUUAUUGGAGGAUUUGGAACUGUUGCGUGGGUGGAUGUGAAGGAAUAUGAGACCAUAAAACCCGAUAAGAUUGCUGCUGAGAGUGGAGAUCAAAAUUUGAAGGAACUUAAUGCAAUGUUUUCGAAGAAACUUAAAGAUAUCUUAUCAACAAAAGUUGAGAUAGAUGAUGCUGCCUUCAUAUCUGUAGAUAGUAAAGGCACUGAUGUUCGGGUUCGACAAGGCGCACAGUUUAGCAUUCGAAGGAUAUCCUUCGAGGCUGAACGUGAAAUUCAAAGUCUGGAUGAUGCAAAAGCUGCUCUUGUAAUGAUAAUAAAAAGGCAUCGCAAGUCGAAAUCCUCAACCGAAUAA